GGAGAAGGGAAGGGGAAAUGGCGGAGGAGGAGAAGCUGCCCCCGGGGUGGGAGAAGAGGAUGAGCCGAAGCUCCGGCCGAGUUUACUACUUCAACCACCUGACCAACGCCAGCCAAUGGGAGCGGCCGCACGGCUCCGGCUCGGGAUCGGGAUUGGGAUCGGGAUCGGGAUCGGGCUCGGGGCGGUCGGAGCCGGGCAGGGUGCGGUGUUCCCACCUCCUGGUGAAGCACAACCAGUCCCGCCGGCCCUCGUCCUGGAGGCAGGACAAGAUCACCAGGUCCAAGGAGGAGGCCCUGGAGCUCGUCAAUGGACAGGAUCACCCCAUCCACAACCAGUCGAGCUGCCCCUCGUCCUGGAGGCAGGACAAGAUCACCAGGUCCAAGGAGGAGGCCCUGGAGCUCGUCAAUGGUUACAUCCAGAAAAUCAAAUCAGGGGAGGAGGAUUUCGAGUCUUUGGCCUCCCAGUUCAGCGACUGCAGCUCGGCCAAGGCCGGAGGGGAUUUGGGGGCCUUUGGCAGAGGGCAGAUGCAGAAGCCGUUCGAGGACGCGUCGUUCGCGCUGCGGGCGGGGCCGAUUUUGGGCUCGAUUCUAUCCCCAAACCUCCCUAAAAUUCCCAAUUUUGGGGGUUUUUUGGGGUCGAUUCCAUCCCAAAUCAUCCCCAAUCAUCCCCAAUCCUUCCCAAAUCCCUAAUUCCCUGUUUUUUUU